AUGCUUCUUCUGGAAAUCGUUUUUCUAUUCAUUCUACUUCCUAUGGUAUCAAGUGAAAAGGUCAAACGACAGGAGCAGCAUGUGACACAUGAGAUUCCGAAAUUCAAAAGAGGACCGAUCGUGAUAGUGGAUGAAACCGCGUUGACGAAUCCCAAUUCGUUUGACUAUGAUUUCUCGGAUGACUUGGAUAAGCCAGCAGACAAACAAGAUUUAUAUGAUCAAUUCAUAGAUCAACUUCCCAUGUUCCAUAUCUACAAGUUGGGAACUGACAGAGGAGUCACACAGGUGCCGAUUGUGACCAGAGCAGGAGAUACCUGGUUCACCCCAUCCACGAUAAGUAAUCGAUUAGGUUGUAUUGUUCUGAAUGACAUGUUUUUGAAGGCAACUACUACAAUUGCACCAACUACCACAAGAAAGAAGAGUACAACAACACCUAUGGCAACUACAGAAAAUACUACCACGCCUAGUACAACGACGACUGCAGCCACCACGACAACAAUAACACCACCUACUUCAACUAGCAUUUUCCGUCAUCGUCGUCCUUUCCCCAAACAGCCAGCUCCUGUUUUCAGACCUCGCACUUCUAGCAGUACUACUACAACCACAACUCCCGUCAUAAACCGAGGACCAAUUUGGAGAAAGGGUGGUGUUGUCAUUGAUACGACAACUACGCCGCGACCCUUCACAACGCCUAGACAAUGGACUGUCAGAGGGUUCAGGGUUGGGGCUAGAAGAACGUCAACUGUCACGACUACUACGACAGAAGCUCCGACAACUACAACGAGAAGAACUACAACUCAGGCGCCGACUACUUUCGUGCCAUGGUGGAAGACUACCACGACAGCGUCUAGCAGAUGGGUUGCUGGGCCUCGUCAUCCACCACGAUUCAAUCAAAAUCAAAAUUGGAAGCAACCAAUCAGAAAACUACAAGAAACUGUUGGCAGAACUGUGGCCCCUGCUCAUGUGGAUCCUAUCAACAGAUCUCAACCAAAGCCAGUGGUCAUCCACACUGGUAGAUAUGCAGGUCCAACGUAUAAUUGUCGUGUGCUAAAUCCGUUCACGGACGGUCAACAGUCGGCUGAGCACGACUCAUCGUGCAAGAUGCUCUAUCCAGGAUUAUCCCUUGACGGAUCUUGCCGUUGUUUCUAUAAGGUGGCCGGGCGAGAUGAACACGGAUGUGCGACAGGCUUCAUCUACGCGUGCCGAGCCCUCGGAUUGAGGAGUAUAAGUGUAUAA